AUGAAUUGGCGGAGAAUCUGUUCCCAGACGCCGAAGAAGAAACGGAGGCGACGAAAGGCAGUGGAGGAAAUGGCCAGAAGUGAGUCGUCGGAGGAAGUGAUUGUGAGAGAUUCUCCGGCUGGAUAUAAAUUAAUUGAAGCAGGGGAUACCAUCGUAGCGGCUCUGGUUCGGAUCGGGGAUGAAAUCCAGUGGCCAAUGGCGAAGGACGAGGCCGCCGUGAAGCUCGACGUUUCGCACUACUUCUUCACUCGUAGGGUUCCGGCGAAAUUAACAGACGGAUUGACGGUCGCCGCGAAGGGGCAGGAAGGAUUGGUGGAGAAAUUGGAUUCUGCGCUGGAGAAAUUCAGUGCGUUUAGGGUUGAGAAGGCGUCGGCGGCGGCUGUGGGGGCGGAGUGGGGAAGUAUCUCCGGCGGAGAUGGAUGCGAACAAGGAGGUGGUGGAGAAAGGCGCGGCGGCGUACUGGACGACCGAGGGACUGUCGGCCGCUGA